GAGCUCCCCGCGGGCCGGCUCUCAGAGCCCGCGGAACACAGCCGGCAGACGUCGCCAGCUCUGCCUGAUCCGUUCAUUGAGAGCCCGGCUUAUCCCAGAGCCAAGUCUCCCGCCUCCUCCAGCUCGGGGCCGCGAGCAGCGCCAUGGAGAAGAGUAGCGAAACCAACGGCUACCUGGACGGCGCCCAGACGGGGCCUGCAGCAGGGCCUGGCGCGCCCGGAUCCGCGGCGGGACACGCGCGGCGCUGCGCGGGCUUCCUACGGCGGCACGCGCUGGUGCUGUUCACCGUGUCGGGAGUGGUGGCGGGCGCGGGCCUGGGCGCGGCGCUGCGCGGGCUUGGCCUCACCCGCACGCAGGUCGCCUACCUGUCCUUCCCCGGGGAGAUGCUGCUCCGCAUGCUGCGCAUGAUCAUCCUGCCGCUGGUAGUCUGCAGCCUGGUGUCGGGCGCCGCCUCCCUCGACGCCAGCUCUCUCGGGCGCCUGGGCGGCAUCGCCAUCGCCUACUUCGGCCUCACCACGCUUGGCGCCUCGGCGCUCGCUGUCGCUUUGGCGUUCAUCAUCAAGCCUGGGUCUGGCGCGCAGACCCUUCGGUCCAGCGACCUGGGGCUGGAGGAGUCGGGGUCCCCUCCGGUCCCCAAAGAGACAGUGGACUCUUUCCUCGACCUGGCCAGAAACCUGUUUCCCUCAAAUCUUGUGGUUGCCGCUUUCCGUACGUAUGCAACUGAUUAUAGAGAGGUGACCCACAACACGAGCUCUGGAAAUGUAACCCGUGAGAAGAUUCCCAUUGGCACCGAGAUCGAAGGGAUGAACAUUUUAGGAUUGGUCCUCUUUGCCCUAGUGUUAGGAGUGGCCCUAAGGAAACUCGGCUCUGAAGGAGAAGAGCUCAUCCGUUUCUUUAAUGCCUUCAAUGAGGCGACGAUGGUGCUGGUGUCGUGGAUUAUGUGGUAUGUACCGGUGGGCAUCAUGUUCCUGGUUGGAAGCAAGAUUUUGGAAAUGAAGGAUAUCAUCGUGCUGGUGACCAGCCUUGGAAAAUAUAUCUUCACAUCUAUAUUGGGCCAUUUUAUUCAUGGAGGAAUUGUUCUGCCACUUAUUUAUUUUGUUUUCACGCGGAAAAACCCAUUCAGGUUCCUCCUGGGCCUCGUCACGCCAUUUGCAACAGCGUUUGCUACCUGUUCUAGCUCAGCGACCCUCCCCUCCAUGAUGAAGUGCGUUGAGGAGAACAACGGUGUGGAUAAGAGGGUCAGCAGGUUCAUCCUCCCCAUCGGGGCCACUGUGAACAUGGACGGGGCAGCCAUCUUCCAGUGUGUGGCCGCGGUGUUCAUUGCCCAGCUCAACAACAUUGAGCUCAAAGCAGGACAGAUUUUCACGAUUCUAGUGACAGCCACAGCAUCCAGUGUCGGUGCAGCCGGCGUGCCGGCUGGAGGGGUCCUCACCAUCGCCAUUAUCCUGGAGGCCAUCGGGCUGCCCACUCAUGACCUUUCCCUGAUCCUGGCUGUGGACUGGAUUGUGGACCGCACCACCACCGUGGUGAACGUGGAAGGGGACGCGCUGGGUGCGGGCAUUCUCCACCACCUCAAUCAGAAGACCAUGAAGAAAGGGGAGCAGGAGCUGAGCGAAGUGAAGGUGGAGGCCAUCCCCAACUGCAAAUCGGAGGAGGAGACGUCGCCCCUGGUGACGCACCAGAACCCCGCUGGCCCCACAGCCAGCGCCCCCGAACUGGAAUCCAAGGAGUCCGUUCUGUGAGGGGGCUGGCUCCGGGCUGGCCCCCCUGGGUGGUGGUGCCCCGCUGUGGGAGGGCGGCCAGCGGGCAUGGGCACUGUGCUCAGCGACUUUUAGCCCUAAGCAAUGCUUUGGCCCAGUCACCUGUUCGAGGAUUGUGUCUCCGUGCUGGCAUUGGGCUUCCCAGUGGGACUGGUUACCGGAGACCAGGACGCUCUGCCAUAUGGCUUGAUCCAUGUCCAGGUGCAGCUGCGUGUGCUUUGGAAACCCGUCCUGGAGCUGCAGGCUGGGGGCGGAAUGGGCUCCCAGGGACCGGGCGGGUUAGCACUUGGAAAAAUGUACAUGUGCCCUUCACUCUGCCCUCGGGGGCUUUCUGGGCAGACGUAGGGGGUUUACAGUCCUCUGUCACGCUGCCUUGUGAGCCAGAGUAAUUGGAAAAAUUCCCAAAUUCUUACCCUUGGCUGGAAUUCACUGAGCUGGGACUUGAGGUAUUGAGAUUUCGAACUUUGAGGUGUGGCUGUUUCUGAUUCACUGGUUGCUCGUAGGCUUGGAGGCGCUGCACGUGGUCCAGUUAGAAAUACUCCAGAUGGCGUUAGUACUGUGGGGGUCUCUGGUCAAUGGCAUGAAAUAAACAGUUUAAAUGCUGAGGUCAGAGAAAGGAGGGGGGGUUUAGCUGGCAAGGGUAAGGAAAGCACCCUAUCAGGACAGACAGACACACACGCAGAGGUACACACAGGCGUCCUCAGUCUCAUCCCAGCCGCACGGAAGUUUUCUGCUUCCAGGACCUGGCCUCUGACAACACUGUAGCUUUAUCCCCAUCCACUCUGAUCUGGCAACAGGCCAGAGAGGGGCCUCUUCCUCCAUGAUGAUCACAUUCAGUACCUGCUGGUUUAUCAAUCCAUUCUUAGAAUUCAGCUAGCCCCCUAAAAUGCUGCACUGUGCAAAACAAAAACAAACAAACAAAAAAACACAUAAAGCCACUCACUAAUUGGGGUGGGGUGGGCUGCCCCCAUUCCCAGGUGCCCAGGUCCCCUGGCUUUGGCUGAUUGCUGUGGGCUUGGUUUCUUUUCCUGCCAGUAGAUCAAGAGUUUAAAACUGUAAGCUAAAUGUUCCCAUUCCUGCAAAUACCUGCUGACUUGGUCUGAAUCUAGGUGAGGGGGCUUUUUCAAGAAGACCGGUGUUGCCAGGGACAGGGAGACCGAAAGGCACAAGAAUGCUCUUUUGCUGUGGCUGUCGCUGUGUCUCCACGGUGUGACCUGCAGCGAGUCCUGGGCCUCACUUUACCCCAUUUGUAAAAUGGGCUGUUGUCACCUGCCUCUUACCUACCUCAGAGGGAUUUGGUGAGGCAAACUGAGUGAAUCCAUGAAAAUACCCCUUUCACUUCUUGGAUAUCAAGUGCUAACACCUCUUUGCUCUUCUUAUGUUUUACCCAAAUGAUACCUUUUUUCACGGAGGCCUCAUGCUCCUGGUAAAGACAGCUUCUCUGAGCAGAACUUUGUUCUCUUGUGUGCGUUAGCAGCUCUAUCAUGCCACCUGUUCUCUUCGUAGGUAUUUGCUAGCAUCAAGUAUGACCUCUUCCUGAUGUUGUUCAGGUGUUCCUGAAUGAACCACCCCAUCUUGCAUCACCUUCUGGGUCCCUGGCUUCCCUGUGACUCCCAGACCCCAGGCACCGGCUCGGCCACCCCACAAUGGGCCAUUAACAGCUCUUGGAUGUUUGGCCUUGGGUGUUU